AUGGGUGUUCCAGCUCUUUUCCGGUGGCUAUCCUCGAAGUAUCCCAAAAUCAUAUCCCCUGUUGUCGAAGAAAUCCCGCAAGAAAUCGACGGCGAAGAGGUACCAGUAGAUACAACGAAGCCAAAUCCAAAUGGUGAAGAGAUGGACAAUCUAUACUUGGAUAUGAAUGGAAUUGUCCAUCCAUGUACUCAUCCUGACGGAAAGCCCCCCCCUGAAACCGAGGAAGAUAUGAUGCUGGAGAUCUUCAAAUAUACCGAUCGAGUCGUGAAUAUGGUCAGGCCUAGGAAACUAUUGAUGAUUGCUGUUGACGGUGUUGCUCCACGUGCUAAAAUGAACCAGCAACGUUCUCGUCGAUUCCGUUCUGCACAAGAAGCAAAGGAAGCGGACGAAAAGAAAGAGGAGUUCGCCAAAUUGUUAAGGAAACAAAAUGGAAGCAAAGGAGGCGAGGGGCUAGUAGAGGAAGUCAUUACGAAGACAUGGGACUCCAACGUAAUUACUCCUGGAACACCCUUUAUGGACAUUCUUGCUGCAGCGCUACGCUACUGGGUGGCAUAUAAACUCAACACUGAUCCCGCAUGGGAAAAGUUGAAAAUCAUCAUCUCAGAUGCCACAGUUCCUGGUGAAGGUGAGCACAAGAUUAUGGAAUUCAUUAGGUCGCAAAGAUCGUGCGCCGAGCAUGAUCCAAAUACUCGUCAUGUGAUAUACGGUCUUGAUGCUGACUUGAUUAUGUUGGGACUUGCGACGCAUGAACCUCACUUUCGAGUUCUUCGAGAGGAUGUCUUUUUCCAAGAAUCUAAAGGGAGAACUUGCCACUUAUGUGGACAAACUGGCCAUAUAGCCGAAGCGUGUAAAGGUACUGCGAAAGAAAAGAAUGGAGAAUUUGAUGAAAAAGGAAAAGGAAGUCCGCUCAAACCAUUUAUUUGGCUCCACGUCUCCGUCCUUCGUGAAUACCUUGCUGUUGAGAUGCAUGUUCCCCAGCAGCCUUUUCCUUUCGAUUUAGAGAGAGCUCUAGAUGACUGGGUAUUCAUGUGCUUUUUCGUGGGAAAUGAUUUCUUACCUCAUCUACCCUCAUUAGACAUCAGAGAAAAUGGCAUCGAUACUCUAAUUGCAAUAUGGCGUGACAAUAUACCUGCCAUGAACGGCUAUUUAACAAAAGAUGGCCAUGUUGAUUUAGACAGGGCCCAACUGAUUUUGCAGGGACUGGCGAAGCAAGAGGAUGCUAUCUUCCGCCGCCGUCGCCAAACCGAAGAAAGAAAAAACGCGAACGCCAAAAGGAGGAAGCAGGAAGAAAGAUAUCGAGAAGAAGAAAGAUCUCGAGAGGAAGAGCGCUCGCGCAAAAAGCGCAGAAGCUCUCCUAAUUAUGGGUCUAUGGAAAACGAACUCGUUCCCCCUCCUCUCAUUGUUCCUGGAAAAGGGCAUAUUUCUAGGGCUGAUAGAGAACUUACGCACUCCAUGGUGGUAAACCGUGGUGCAGUUUACAAAGCGAACAUGGCCAAUAAAAGCGCCGCCGCUGUUCUCAAAAGUCAACUGAUCAAAGGAGGAAGUAGCGGUGACGCAGUUACUGCUGGCGUUGAAGAUUCCGUGGACGGAACAGUCAACAAUACGUCACCAUUUUCUCUGGGCAAAAGAAAGGCGGACGCUCUAGAGACUGAAACCGAGUCCGAAACACCUAAAAAGCCAGAUGAUACCGAUGAGUUACCUCCAGACACGGUUCGGCUGUGGGAGGAUGGGUACGCUGAUCGGUAUUAUGAACAAAAGUUUCACGUUGACCCAAAGGAUAUCGAAUUCCGUCAUAAGGUCGCCAGAGCCUACGUUGAAGGCCUCGCUUGGGUGCUGCUCUACUAUUUCCAGGGGUGCCCCUCUUGGACCUGGUAUUAUCCAUAUCAUUACGCUCCUUUUGCUGCAGAUUUCGUUGAUCUGGGUAACAUGAAAAUUGAAUUUAAUAAAGGCGCGCCAUUCAAGCCUUUCGAGCAGUUGAUGGGUGUCUUGCCAGCUGCAUCCAAUCAUGCAAUUCCAGAAGUAUUCCACGACUUAAUGUCAGACCCCGAGAGUGAGAUCAUUGAUUUUUACCCUGAAGACUUUCCGAUAGAUCUUAAUGGCAAGAAAUUUGCUUGGCAAGGCGUUGCUCUCUUACCGUUCAUUGACGAGAAACGUCUACUACUUGCGAUGGAGAAACGGUACCCUCUCUUAUCCAACGAAGAACAUGCGCGAAACACAACAGGACGGGAAGUUCUCUUCCUAUCCGAUCGGCACCCUUUAUACGAGAACCUAACUGCGAAUUUCUAUUCCAAGAAGCAACUGGCACCAACCCUGAAGCUGAACAUGCGAGUGAGCGAAGGGCUAGGAGGCAAAGUGGGACGCAACGAUGCGUACGUUCCACAUAGUUCCCUGGUACCACCCUUUGACAAUGGGGACCUACCGACUCUAGACGAAGAUCAUUCCAUAAGCGUUAUCUACGAUAUGCCCAAGUCAAUGUACACUCACAAGUCAAUGCUUCUAAGGGGUGUAAAACAAAACCCUCCAGUUCUCGAUAAGACUGAUAUUGAAAUCACCAGAAACAAGGCACAGCGUUCUGGGCGCUCCUUUGGAGGAGUUCCCUUCGGCAAUGGCAGAGGCAGAGGUGGUCGAACGUCAUAUGCCAGCGACCGGCCCAGUAAUGAUCGACCCAAUCCAUUCGCCGCCCAUAUUAACCCAGCCUUCGUGCCACCAGCAAUACCUCCAUCACAGAUGAGUGGGCAGCCAGCAGGAUGGAUACCUCCUCCCCCUGGGAUAACUGGCAGCUCCUCUGGUGCUGCCCGGUUUGACAAACCCUACCAAGAUCAUCCCUAUCAACAACAGGGCGGUCGCGGUUAUUCUCAUCAAUCCAGCCAGCGUGGUCACUACUCCCAGUCGUAUAAUCAACCGAGGGAGUACGGUCAAGGUAGGCAAUAUAGCCAAUCGCAACAAUAUGAGCAAAGGGGGAGAGGAGGGUAUGAACAAUACUCUGGAGGCCGCAGUAACUCUGGAGGCGGAGGGGGUGGUCGAGGCCGAGGUGGCGGAUCUUACAGGGGUGGAGGCCGUGGUGGACCUUAUCACCAUGGACAGAAUGGAUAUAAUGGUAACCGCAAUGACGGGUAUGGACGGUAUUGAUUGGGGGUUCUUUUGAUAAUUUUUGUUGUACGAAUACACCCACAGAAAGUAAUAAGUUAUGCAAUUUCAGAGAUUCACGCAUAUAAUUGUCAAUUAGGAAGUAAUAGCAAUGGGAUAUAAAAGGAAUUAAAGUGC